AUGUUGUUAAUUGAUGAUAAUGAUGAGAUGAAUGUUAACUUUGCAUUGGUAGAUUUAAAUCAUAGAUAUAAAUUGAAUCAAGAGGCAUUGUCAAUUUUAAAUAAACAAAGAUCGUCUGGCGAUACGAACAAACGAUGGGUCUAUACUGGUGAUAUUUUCAUAUUGAUGAAAGACGAUCAUUGCAAUCGUACUAUGUUGGAGGAGAACACAGAGAUCGAAAAGGAGUUGAAACAUCAAGAGUCUUUUCUAAAGAAGAAAGAGGAACAGCUGAUAAGAGUAUCAAAGGAUGCCGAUAUAGAAAGAGAGAAAUUCUUUAGUACCUAUUUAAACGAUCAACAAAAACAAGAACAAUCUUCAAUAAAACAACAACAACAACAACCACAACCACAACCUAAAAGAUAA